GAAGAUGAGAAGAAGAAGACGACUCUUAGACGCCAUAUUGCAAAUGUGAUGUUAGCGCACACACAGGCUUUAGAAUUGUGGAUAAACGUUCAAUUAGUCAUCGGUGACCCGCUGCCAGGCCGACGCACUGCCUUAAACCGAAGGCCGCAGGCGGGUCGGUGCUAUGGCCGCCGGCUGGAGGGAGUGAUCGAGUGAGGAUGAGAGGAGGGCAGGUGGAGAGACUGCAGCGGUGGGGCCAGUGACUUUCUUGCAGCGGGGAUGGCGCAGGCAGGCCCCCAGCUCGACUACCAGCUCCUGCACGACCUCAAGCAGCGCUUCCCUGAGAUUCCGGAGGGUGUUGUGUCUCAAUGCCUCCUGCAGAACAAUAACAACCUGGAUGUCUGCUGCCUCCUGCUGGCCCACGAGAGCAACAGGUACCUGUAUGGGGAGUACCAUAGUCCUGAAGAGGGCCGUCAGAACCGGAACCACAUGCUGCACAUCAGCCUGGGUUACCCCUCCCCAGAAGGGCCCAAGGCCAAUGGGGCGGGACGCACCCUUGUGCACAGUUCUAGUGACGGGCACAUUGAGCCCCAGAGAAGCGGCGCUCCGGCCACUCAGCAUUCGUUGGUGUUCCAGGAGCCUCACUCUGCCCCUGCCACCAUGGCCCCUUCACCUGGAUACAACCCCUUUUUUAUGAACAAUCAGGGCCGCUCUGCUGGCACCCCUCCACCGGGCCCCACCUACCCCUCAGUCCCUCAGUACACGAUGAACCCUAUUACUGUUACUUUGUCCCAGAACAUCCCGUCUGCCCCCCAAGCCCUGCAGAUUCCAAGCUCCCCAUACAGCACUGGAGGGAAUGCUCUGUACGUUCGCCCCACCCCAUCCCAAAGUCCUCAGCCGUCACCUUGGCCAUCACCUGGGGUUCCUGUAUACCCUCCCUCACCCUAUUCCCCAUAUCCCACUAAACAGAUGCCCCAGUCAGCUUACCACUCCCCACCUCCUUCCCAAUUCCCCUCACCAUAUAGCUCACCACAGCACCAGAUCCAGCAGACAUCCCAUGUCUUCCUGCCCAUCAGCUCCCCCACCAUGACUGGCUUGGCCUACCAACAGCAGCAGCCUAUCUCCUAUGUGCCCCAUAUGUCCUCCAAGGCUCCCCUGAAGAAGCAAAUUGAGAUCAAUUUGGAGGGAGGCCAAAGGCCUCCAACUCCAUCCCAGCGCAGCAGCUCUCCUGGCAUUGCCCAACCAGGUGGGCAACGGGGGCAGAACUCCCUGUAUAUCAACACCAAUUCCUCCCCCAGUUCCCCAUCCCGUGGGGUGAACCUUGCCGGUUCUUUCCUCCCUGCAAUGUACAUCCAUCAGAGCCCUGCUCGGCCCCACCCAGCCUCCUCCCCCCAGCCUGCGAUCCCCUGUUACAUCAAGGGAAAGGUGUCGCCUGGCCGGGCGCAGCGCCCUCUAGGGUCACCCACUAUAGAGACGGAUUCUCUCCUAAACAUGGUCGAUCAGUCGGAACACGCUGCUACUCCCGCUCCCAUCCUGCCCAUCUCUGCGUUUCCUGGCAGUGUUGCCAACAAGAUCGACAACGUGCAGCGCCGGUCCAGUUCUGGCUGUGACGACUAUGCUUACACACAAGCCCUCCUGCUCCACCAGCGUGCGAGGAUGGAGCGGCUGAUGAAGGAGCUUCUCCUGGAGAGGCAGAAGCUGGACCAGCUGAAGGGUGAAGUGAACGAAAUGGAGUACGACGCCCUACAGCGGCGCUUCCGCAGGGUCAACAGCUCCAGCUUGAUACCACGGCCUGAAGAGAUGACUCGUUUGCGUGGCCUCAACCGACAGCUCCAGAUUGAUAUUGACUGCACCGUGAAGGAGACGGACCUGCUUCAGUCCAGAGGGAAAUUUGAUCCAAAAGCCAUGAACAACUUCUACGACAACAUCCAGCCCGGCCCAGUGGUCCUUCCCAAACCUCGGAAGAAAGACGGAGGCGUGAGCUCCAUGCGUGCCGGGAGGCCUGGUCCACAGGACGAAGACUUCGAAGGGGCGCAGUGGAGCUGCGAGAGCUGCACCUUCCUCAACCACCCCGCACUGAACCGCUGUGAACAGUGCGAGAUGCCCCGCUGCACCUGAGCCUAGGGGUGUGUGGCCCCACUCUGCCCUCCCCCCACCCAUGUUUGCACUCCCCCACCCCCAGUCUCCACAGGAGAAACCCUUCGCAUCUGCAUCCUGCUGUACCACAAGAAGCCCGAAGGAAGCAACAAAAUUCUGUCCUUGGGAAUCUGCACGUGUCCCGAGCCCACCGGCUUCAUGGGGACACCCCCGCCGCCAGUUUCUCUUCCUUGUUGCUCAGUCUGCCUGUGCGACUCAGUGUUUUCCUUUCAGUUUGACACAAAAAGGACAUGGACCCCUUAUAGACCGCAGUCUCUGUUCAGGUAGGUGCGUAUGCCUCACUUACAGGGUUAUGGCAGUAGCUGUGUGGGGCUGUGUUGUUCACGCUGGGGCUACUGGACAGUUCAUGCAUGGGGGGGUGUCCUGGUCAUGGAACCCGAACUACUUAUCGACACGGCUGCAUCGCCUCCCUCCUCAUGCCCCCCUACAUCCCACCCUUUGGCCUGGACAGUUUACAGGUUUCUGUUGGCCCAGAGGGGGCACAGGAGCUUUGCUUGAACUGACUUGAAAAGCAAAAGUGAGCGGACUGUGUGGCUGGAGCUCUAGAUUGUACACUGUAUGUGCUCUGUAAUGACACUAAGGGACUCUCAUAUUGAAUAUAUUCCUGGUACCUUUAUGCAUAUUCUGCUACACUGUAAUCUGAAGAUGUUUCUCUGUGUGGAUGCUGUAUUUAAUAAAGCACUUGUUCUCUGUGAAACUGCUGGGCUGAGAGGGACACGCUGUGUGUGUGUGUGUGUGUGUGUGUGUGUCUGGUGCACACUGUAAGUAUGGCUUUGGAUGUAUAUUUGUCCUUGCAAACAAGGUCAUUAUGUUUGUAUAAUUUAAAACGAUUGCAAAUUUUGUGACAUUUGGGGACCACUAAAUAAUAUUGACUGUAGUUUCAUCACCUUUGAACUGGUCUUUUUUCCUUUUGUUCUGAAAAGGGGUGAAGGAUGGCUGGUAUAUAUCUGAAAGGUAAACCACAUGAACAGUAUUAUUUCAGUAAAGGAUUUAUAAGGUACUAAAUAUGCUAAAUCUAACAAAUUCCCACAUUUAGUAAUUUGAGAUGAGCUCUGGACACAGUUUAAUGUACGACUGUUUUUUUCCACUCUGCAGUUCACACGUGUUCAAUGCUAAUGCCUGGUUUGUUUUCAUCUUGCACCGGAGGCAAAUGGGCUUCAGGUAACUAAAAACGUUUAUUGGUCACAUGACCUGGUAGCCAUAUUGGACCAAAAAUGUUGACAUUUGCAUGUUUGAUGUAAAGCAAUGAAUUGAGAAUGUUGGUUCCUCUAUUGCCCAGUAACUACCACUUUGACAAAUACUGAGUUUUCUGCUGAUUCUGAUCUGUUUUUAACUCAACCUUCAUAAUGCUUUGACUUUUACAGAAGAUAAAUAUAUGAAUGUGGCACAAUUAAGUGUUUAAUAUUGAUUCCCUUUUAAAAUGCACAAGUACAAUUCAGUUGCUGUGUAAAAUGACAGUAGAUAGUGAGACCACGAUGGUAAGUUUUGCUCCCAGAGGCAAGAGAAAGAGAAUCCCCCCCGUCAGAGUACACAGGGACAUUGUGAGGAUCGCGGUGGUCCGUGAGCUCUGAAGGUGACGUGGAUUCCCCUCUGACUGUGUGUGACCCUCCACCUUGAGCAUGUUGAUGCUGCACUGUGAAAUCAAUCCCAGAUGUUCUGGCUCUUGUCACAUGAUCUGGUUGCUUUACUUUCCUCAGUAAUUGAUUCCUGUUGUUAUAUUUGUACUGUAUUAUUGUAAAUAUAAUCCCUGUGCAAAAUCAAGUGCCGUUUUAGAGCUGAGGUCGAGAGCCCUGGUCCCUUGGAUUGGUAAAGG